UUUGGAUCCUGUUACGUUCCCCAGUUUCUGUGUUCUGUUUGUAUUUGAGUGUGUGUUUCAGGAGAUGGCUUCCUGAAGUACUCCCCAACCAGCUGAUUGGUCAACCCCAGGCUAAUUGGUGAUUGGAGCUGACCCCGCCCCCUCGUCAAGAAGCAGCUGACUCUAAUCACCAUUGCCACCUGAAGAUAAAAGCCAGUGUUCUGCCCAAGAGAGAGAUUGAGAGAGGAGAGAGAGAAUUUAAUAUUUUGGAAAGAUCGAGAAAAAUUAGAUUGUGAUAUAGUGUUGGUUGUGUAUCAGAAAGUUUGGUAUGUACUGUUGUUGGUAGCAGUUUUUCUAUGUCCUGUGUUUGUGAGUGUUUGUGAAAUCGUUAAAAAUUACUCUGUUUCGUUUGUUCCCAGGGGGGAAGGAGAAGGCACUUUGGGAGUGCUUAGGCAAGAGGCCCGAGGGCAUACAUAUACCCGUAGUAUAUUUACUGUCUAGGCACACUAGGUAAGACCUGGGCGGACCACCCCCUGUAUUUUGGUUAGGGCACCAAGUGGUGCUAAGUUAGGUAAGUUAAGUGGGUAGGCAGGUUAGAUAGGAGAGGGGGAACUUUGAUAUUUACUUUCUUUGCUUUGGUUCCGUCCAGCCCCUUUUCCCCAUAUUACCGUGUAAGAAAAUAAAUCCUAGUAAACGGUAAAUUCUGCUUUUGUGUCAUCCUUACUCGCACCUACAGUCCAUACCUCUUGCACUUCAGAGAGUUGAGUUGUAGCAGGGAGUUGCGUUCCCUCUUCUCAGAGGCGUGCGUAACAGAUCCGUAUUAUCUACCUGUACAGUAGGUGGCGGAACGCACAUAUAAUUGUUGCGAACGCCAUUAUACCAAAGAAGAAGUUAACCCUCACCGAAGAAGUUAUGCUAGAUAGCUAAAACAACAAGAGCUGCCAAUUCCAGUGUGAAUCCUUCCAUGUCUGAACCCAAGUCCCCAGGUUCUUACUGUGGUGUUCCAGCACAGAGAAGCUCACAGUGGGGCCCAGAUAUGGUCUUAGUGAAGCUGGAGGACUGUAGUCAAACACUGGAACUCAAUGUGAUAGUCAAAGAGGAAGAGAAGGAGAGGGAAGUCAAAGAAGAGGUAGAGAUCAAAGAGGCGGAGGAGAUGGCCUUCAAAUUGGAGGAGGAGGCGGAGGAGAUGGGCCUCAAAUUGGAGGAAGAGGCGGAGGAGAUGGCCCUCAAAUUUGAGGCGGAGGAGAUGGCCCUCAUAAAUGAGGCGGCGGCAGAGGAGAUGGGCCUCAAAUUGGAGGAGAUGGCCCUCAAAGAGGAGGAGGUGGAGAAGAUGGGCCACCAAUUGGAGGAGGAGGCGGAGGAGAUGGCCCUCAUAAAUGAGGCGGCGGCGGAGGAGAUGGGCCUCAAAUUGGAGGAGAUGGCCCUCAAAAUGGAGGAGGCGGAGGAUAUGGCCCUUAUAAAUGAGGCGGCGGAGGAGGAGAUGGCCCUCAUAAAUGAGGCGGCGGCGGAGGAGGAGAUGGCCCUCAUAAAUGAGGCGGCGGCGGAGGAGAUGGGCCUCAUAUUGGAGGAGAUGGCCCUCAAAGAGGAGGCGGCGGCAGAGGAGAUGGGCCUCAUAUUGGAGGAGAUGGCCCUCAAAGAGGAGGAGGCGGCGGCAGAGGAGAUGGGCCUCAUAUUGGAGGAGAUGGCCCUCAAAGAGGAGGCGGCGGCAGAGGAGAUGGGCCUCAUGUUGGAGGAGAUGGCCCUCAAAGAGGAGGCGGCGGCAGAGGAGAUGGGCCUCAUGUUGGAGGAGAUGGCCCUCAAAUUGGAGGAGGAGGCGGAGGAGAUGGGCCUCAAAUUGGAGGCGGCGGCGGAGGAAAUGGCCCUCAUAAAUGAGGCGGCGGCGGAGGAGAUGGGCCACCAAUUGGAGGAGAUGGCCCUCAAAAUGGAGGAGGAGGCGGAGGAGAUGGCCCUCCAAAAAUGAGGCGGCGGCGGAGGAGAAGGUGGUCACAGAAGUGGAGAACAGGGAAGAAGUAGAUGUUUAGGGUGGAGAGCAGGAUGAAGAGCGGUUGGUGCAUUGACAGCCACAGGAGAUUCCAGAACUAUUAUUUACACCAAUCUGAGUCUUUACACCAAUCUGGUGGCUCUUUCUGAAGAGUAACUUGGUUUCACCUCGUUUUAAAGGGGCAGUGCAGUUAAAAACGUGUUGUUACUGUUUUGAAAAUAAUUCCUGGAAUUUCAGCCUGUUCAAGUGGGAUGGAGUUUUUGGCCCAGAUCAUGACAUCACAAUCUGAUAUUAAAGUCCAGUCAUCUUUUAUUUGCAUAUGUAUCCUCCUACUUUGAAGGGGUGGGCUGGGUAUGCUCUAUCCGCCAAUUAGGGCUGUGUAUAUAAAUAUAUUUACAUUUGUAUCAACAUGCCCACAAGAUCAGACUGAGAAUUUCAAUGGCAAAAGGAGGCUCAGGGAAAUCAAUGAUAAAAUAAUAUAUUUGAAGUUAUUUUCAUGAAAUAAACACAGUGAUUUAUUAGACAUCCAGUGAUGAUUUAACCAUUCUGCCAUCAGACUGGCCACCAAUGCCCCUUAUAGGACACAUCACUGCACUUUAUACUUCCCUGUAAACUGGUCAUGUCUGUAUACCUGUUGCAUGAUGCACUGGUUGAUGCUUCUUUAGAAAACACUCUUUGGCCUCAUUCCCCCCUAUCUGAGAUACCUACUGCAGCCCUCAUCCUCCACAUACAACACCCGUUCUGCUAGUCACAUGCUGUCAAAGGUCCCCAAAGCACACUCCUCUCUUCAGUUCGCUGCAGCCAGCGACUGGAACGAGCUGCAAAACCCCCCUAAAACUGGACAGUUUUAUCUCAAUCUCUUCAUUCAAAUACUUGGUCACAGAGACUCUUACUGACAGUUGUGGCUGCUUUGCGUGAUGUAUUGUUGUCUCUACCUUCUUGCCCUUUGUGCUGUUGCCUGGGCCCAAUACUGUUUGUACCAUGUUUUGUGCUGCUGCCUUGUUGUGUCGCUACCAUGCUAUGUUGUUGUCUUAGGUCUGUCUUUAUGUGGUGUCUUGAUGUGUAUUUUGUCCUAAUUUUUUUUUUAAAUCCCAGCCCCUAUCCCCACAGGAGGCCUUUUGCCUUCUGGUAGGCUGUCAUUGUAAAUAAGAACUUGUUCUUAACUGACUUGCCUAGUUAAAUAAAAACAUUUAAAAAAUGAA